AUGAAUAUUAUCCUACGACAGGUCAAUGCCUUCGUCUUAGGACGUUUGACUGACCGUCUCAGACUCAGAGUACUCAGACCGCCUGUCCUUACAAUUAUUCACCCUUCUAAUAGCUAUUAUUCAAAAAUGUCACCAAAUGCCGAAGAAGAUAUGUUAACAGUUGAACCUUGGAGUUUAUUGAAAGAAAAGGAUCGUUUACGUCCACCGACAUAUAAUGCUGAAGACUAUGCUAUAGCAUUAAGAAGAUGGGGCAGACGUCCCAAUUCUAAUGAUAAUGAUUCUCAAGGGACAUUACCCUCUACAACAAGCUCAAGUUCCGGUUAUAUGUCAGCAAGUGGUGAAAUGACGUUAAGACAAUUUACAUCUGUUAGCGAAUUGGUUAAUAAAUUACGUGCUGAUCUACGGCUUGCAUUUCCUAGCUUUGUGCAAGAAUUUUCAAGCUCACCAGCUGACGGAAUAACUUUAUUAUUGGAGACACUGAGGGGAGUCCAAUUAAUACAAAGUACACCUCCAUCAGCUGGACAAAGUGGACAGCGUAUUAGUACACGUAGAGCAGCACUUGAUGAACUCGGUUGUGUUGAAUGUUUAGCAGCAUGCGUUGAGAGAUGUGCUGAUGCUCCGAGACUUUUGUCACAAGCACAACCGGGACUUGUUGCACUCGCAGUCUGUCUUACCAGUAGCUUAAACCGGUCUCGGGUUCUGGCUCUUCAGCUAUUGACGAAGGUAUGUCAGAUACCUGGUGGGUACACUGCAGUUUCAGAGGCUGUUUCAACAUUACGACUACGUUAUGGUGAAGGAGGACGAUUUAGAUUUCUUGCUGGUGCAUUAUUAGCACCACGAGCAGCGAUAGCUUUAAGAGUUGCCGGAAUUUCAUUUCUUAAUGCAUUUAUUAAAUCUGCUCCUAAAACACAAACAAAGCUUUAUAUCCAGGCAGAAGCAUGUGAAGCUGGUCUUGAGCCUCGUGCACUUCAAGAAUGGUUAUCAGAGGAUGAAAUCAUUAACAAUGAUAAAUCAUUGAUUGAUUUAUUAAAAAAACAAGUUUACAAAUGGUCACAAAAUUGUAUUGAUGUUGAUAGUCUUCAAAAACGGUUAGCUAGAGCUGAAGAAACUUGUGCUAUACUUAAUAAUAAAAUAAUAAUAUUACAAAAUCAACUUAAAAAAUUACAAAUUGAUGAAAAAAUAAUAACAAACAAUAAUUAUAACAGUAUAAUCAAUGGAAUUGAUCAUCAUCAAACGAAUUAUAAUUUAAAUUCAUCAGAUAUUAAAGGACUACAGAGAUUAUCUUUGAAUGGUGAAGAUGAAGGUAUAAGUUCUUCUGAGUGUUCAAGGAGUUCGAGUAGUCCAGAAGAUAUACAUCUAUAUAAUCAUCAUCAUCAUCAUCAUCAUCAUCAUUAUCACAAACAGCAGCAACACAAAUCAAUAAUUGAAAAAACAAAUAUUGACAAUGAUCAAGAGACAACUAUCGAUGAUGUAAUUGAAGAAUUACGUACAAUUGUUAAAGAUGCUGAAGAAGAACAAGAACAAGAACAAAAACAAAAACAAAUACAAGUACGGAUAGGUAAAGAAAAAAAAUUAUCUCUAUCUAAAGCUAGUUACGAAAAUGAAUCGAUAAUUAAAUUAUUAUCUACUAAUAAUGAUGAUAUACAUUUAAUAAAAUCUGAUUUAUUUAAUUCAAUAGAUUCAAUAGAUUUUAAUGAUACUGAAGUUAAUUAUUGUAAUAAAACCAAUGAUAUAACUAAAUUAUCUAGACAAACAAUAAAAACAAAUGAUGUAACAAGUUUAAAAAUAAUUGUACAAGGGCCCGAAGUCGAAGAAGCUAUUGUACCAGCUAUUUUGUAUCCACAACCUCCGAGAAAAAUUCCACCAUGUUUAUCAGCCAUUAUUACUGGAAAUAACCAAAGUGAUGACUUUUUAGAAAACAAUAACAAAAACCAAAAUAACGAUGAUGAUCAUAAUAUUAAUAAUGAAAAUAAAUGUACAACUGACGAUGAAAUAUUUGCCGAUGAAAAUGAUUCAUUACUUAGCGCCGCACAAUUAAAAUAUCGAGAUGAUGAUAAUGAUCAUCAUCUUUAUAAAAAUGAAGAUGGUGGACUCUAUUUGAGUAAAAAUGGGAUAAUGAUUAAAGGAGUAUCUGAAUUAAAAAUUUUAAAGCCUAAAAUAAACGAUAAUAAUAAUAAUAAUAAUGAAAAAAAAAAUAAAAAUAUCUCAGAUACUGCCAGUAAUUUAACAGAACCGGCUGAAUAUUUAGAACUUGAGCUAUUUGAAAAUAGUGAUAACAAUGAUAAUAAUCGUAUUAUAAAAAAUCGAGUUGAAAAAAAAAAAUUACAACGAUCAGUUAGUCAAAAUAAUUUAGAUGAUUCAAAAAAUUUAAAUCCUUCAAAAUUAACGACCACUAAAAUAGAGGAUCGUAUUAAAAAAUUUGAAAGUAUGAAUUUAUUUGAUGUAAGCUUUAAAACAAACAAUAGUUCACCGUCUUUUUAUAGUAAUAAUAAUAAUAAUAAUAAUAAUGUUACAAGUAGACGAAUUAUUAAUAAUGGAAAUUUAAAAAAAAAAAUACGAAGGUCAGAAUCAUGCCAUCAGGUAUCACAUUAUAAAUCUACCGAAAAUAUUAAUGGUAAUAGUAGUAUUAAUAAUAAUAGUAAUAGUAAUAAAGUAAUAGGUAGUGACAGUAGACUUGAUUAUGUCGAUAAUUAUUACGAUAAUAUAAUAUUAUUACAUCGAUCAAUGUCAUCAUCGAAUUUUAAACCUCACAAAAUUGAUUUGUCUGAGGAAUUUUCUAAAUCUAAGAUUAAAACUAAAAAAUCAACACAAAUAACAAAAUCUUUAGAUAGAAUUGAUGAGGGUUUAAACUCAUUAGUCGACAUUGUUAUUGGAGGUACUUCUAAAAAUAAUAAAUCUCCAACAGUUUAUCAAAAUACACAAAGAAAUUUCAACAAUAAUAACAAUAAAAAUAAGAAUCAAGAAACAAUAAAUCACAUGGUGGUGCAUUUGGAUUAA